GUGGACAACCCAGCAGAUUUCAGAGAAAUCGACAGCACCAAGUUCAAGGGAGUCCGUUUGGGCAAUGCUUUCAUUCUUUAACUGCCUUUAAGCCUUCACACAGAGCUAGGGCAUCAAGGUAUUUGAUUUGGAUUUCUCUGUUAACAGCAAAGCAACAAACGCGCAAUAAUGAUAUUGGUUGGCCUUCGCCCAUAGAACUCACAGUUCAGAUCACUUUGCAACCCGUCUAUGAUUGAACUACUCCUUCUUUUACCAAUGCCGUCUCUCUUCUGAGUUUUGCAAUUUCUGUCUGUAAAAUGCUGCGGAACCUUCAGACCCGUCGUCGUGGUCCCUAUGGCGCCUACUUUUGCGCCUUCGCCGCCGCUUUGCUGCUUCUAUUUUCAGUCUCCCUCCUAUACACUCGCCUCUCUCACUCUCACUCCCACACUUACUCUCCUCACAUGUAUCCUAAAUCCCUAGGCAACAUUCUAGUAUCUGAUUCGGAUGACGACAGCGAUAUUGUUUUAGGCACCACUACCACCGACGAGGACAAGAUCGACGAGCUCGACAUUGUGGAUGAGGACGUUCGCUCUAGGGCAGCCGGCGAUGAAGAAUUGGGAGAGGACGAAGAUCAAUUUGAUCAGGUCAGGGUUUCUGGAUUUUAUUUUGACCAUGUUAGCGGGGCCAUUAGGAAGGUUUUUGAUAACAAACGUUCCAUCGAAGAUUGGUCUGAUGAGAAUUCUGGUUUUCCUGUGGAAAUAGGUGAAGUGGAUCGCAGUAAAGCUGCGUUUGCCUCCGAUGAUGUGCCGGUUGAUGAAGAGGUGAGGAGGAAAGCAAGCGAAAUGACUGGGAUCGAGGACGCGCUUUUGUUAAAGGUGGGUGGAAGAGUUUCGCCCUUGAGAGAUGGGUGGGGAGACUGGUUCGAUAAGAAGGGCGAUUUCUUGAGGAGGGAUAGGAUGUUCAAGUCCAACUGGGAAGUCCUGAAUCCGCUGAACAAUCCCAUUUUGCAAGAUCCGGAUGGUCUGGGUGUGACUGCGUUAACCAGAGGCGAUCGAAUCGUGCAGAAAUGGUGGAUGAACGAGUUUAAAAAAGUUCCGUUUCUUGUUAACAAGCCGUUAGGCGUUACGCGGAAAGUUUUUAAUACGGAAGUUAAAGACAGUAGUGUGGGCGCAAGGAUUAAGAAGAGCAGGAGUCUAAGUGGCGACACUGGUAUAAACGUAGUCGACAAUGUUAAGGAAAAUAUAAACGAGAUUAGGACUUCAGAUGAACACUCCGCUAACGACCUUUCGAGAAAGGAAGUUAUCAAUAUUGAUGAAGAUUACAGUUCAAAGAGGAAUGCGAAUUUCAAUGCCUAUAGGACUUCAAUGUCUAGAAGCACUAAGAAUGAGAAGAGACGAGAUAGAAGCACAGAGAAUGCUAAUGUAGUAGAUAAAGCGGUUCCUAAGAAGGGUGGGGGCUCUGAACUGGGGUUUAUGCCUGCUAUAUAUGCAGAUGGCAAGCGAUGGGGUUAUUAUCCUGGUCUACAUCCGCAUCUAUCAUUUUCUCGUUUUAUGGAUGCAUUCUUCAAGAAAAAUAAUUGCGACGAGAGAGUUUUUAUGGUUUGGAACUCACCUCCUUGGAUGUUUGGUGUUCGGCAUCAACGUGGGCUAGAGAGUGUGUUCUCCCAUCAUCAAAAUGCAUGUGUUGUUAUUUUCUCGGAGACAAUUGAGCUUGAUUUCUUCAAAGAUAACUUUGUGAAAAAUGGUUACAAAGUUGCGGUUGCUAUGCCAAAUCUCGAUGAACUGCUGAAGGAUACACCAACCCAUAUAUUUGCUUCCAUCUGGUUUGAAUGGAAAAGGACGAAGUUCUAUCCUUAUGGUGGAAUCUAUCUUGAUUCUGAUAUUGUAGUCUUGAACCCUCUAUCUUCAAUUCACAAUUCUGUUGGUGUGGAAGAUCAGCUUGCUGGAAGUUCUUUGAAUGGUGCAGUAAUGGCAUUUAGAAGGCACAGCCCCUUUAUAAUGGAGUGUCUGAAAGAAUACUAUUCGACCUAUGAUGAUAGCAGUUCUAGAUGGAAUGGGGCUGAGCUCUUGACAAGAGUUGCAAAGAGGUUUUCAAGAGAAGUGUCAACAGAACAGUUUGAGUUGAAUGUGCAGCCUUCUUUUGUAUUCUUUCCCAUUGCCUCACAGAAUAUUACUAGAUACUUUGCUGCACCAGCAACUACAACUGAAAAAGCUGAACAGGAGGCUCUACGGAAGAAAAUCUUGGAAGACUCGCUGACGUUCCAUUUCUGGAACAGUGUGACAUCUACUCUCAUUCCCGAGUCCGAGAGCCUUGUGAGCAAACUUUUGGAACAUACUUGUAUCAGAUGCUUCGACAUAUUGUGAAUUUUUCCGGUACUGUCCAAAGUUAUUUAAGCACAAUAGACUGAGUUUUUGUAACUUUAAUAGUGUGGCUGGGCUGGGGCUGGCAUUCUAUCCUAGGAUCUUCAUGGGUUUAGAUUCAGCCAUAUGAAUAUGAGGUUUCAGCCCUGUUUUAAUUUAUAAUUCUGGGUGUACUGUACAUGCACAUAUAUGAUACACAUUUUACCAUCUCUUCCUGUGUGCUCUUAUUCGCAUCGAAUUAUAUAUAUAUAUUAUUAGCAAUAGCUAAGAAUUCGUGUGAA